GUGUUGUCUGCAGAAGGAUUUCUUACUUUCCAAAAAUGGGGCACUUUGCAGUGAAAAGAUUCUGCCGCCCUUUGAGACACACUAUCACUCCCAGAUCCCCAGGGCCUACCUAACUGGAAUGACCAGUCUCUCAGAAUGCUACCUAAAUCUUCUUUCUCCGAGAAUAGAGGGGCCAGAACCUCCUUCUAGCUCCCAAACACCUCUUCUCUUUGCCACAGCUUCCAGCAAGAGAUGGGUGCCCCCAUCGGCACACUGUCCUUUGGCCACCUGACAUCAUGCCUCCCAAGAAAGAUGUUCCUGUGAAGAAACCAGCAGGGCCCUCCAUCUCUAAGCCUGCUGCCAAGCCUACAGCAGGGACCCCUCCAGCCAAGACCAAGGCUGAGCCAGCUGCCCCCCAGACCCCUGCCAAAACCCAGGAGCCCCCUGUUGACCUCUCCAAAGUGGUGAUCGAGUUUAACAAGGACCAGCUGGAGGAGUUCAGAGAGGCCUUUGAGCUGUUUGACCGAACAGGUGAUGGCAAGAUCCUGUACAGCCAGUGUGGGGACCUGAUGAGAGCCCUGGGCCAGAACCCUACCAACGCCGAGGUGCUCAAGGUCCUGGGGAACCCCAAGAGUGAUGAGCUGAAGUCCCGACGUGUGGACUUCGAGACGUUCCUGCCCAUGCUCCAAGCAGUGGCCAAGAACCGGGACCAAGGCACAUAUGAGGACUACCUGGAGGGGCUUCGUGUUUUUGACAAAGAGGGCAACGGCAAAGUCAUGGGGGCAGAGCUCAGACAUGUUCUUACCACUCUGGGAGAGAAGAUGACCGAGGAAGAAGUGGAGACUGUCCUGGCUGGCCACGAGGACAGCAACGGCUGCAUCAACUAUGAGGCCUUCCUGAAGCACAUCCUGAGCCUCUGAGCUCCAGAGUCCUCCAGCUCCUCGGCCCACCCGACAGAAGAGCAGGCCGUCCGUGCGUCCGUCUGGACAGCUUCUUACCCCCGACACACAGAUGCAUAGGUCCGAUACUUACCCACCUCCCGCGCGGCUCGGAGCGCGUUCCUGCCACUAGGCGGCACUUAGAGUUUUGAAAUAAAGACGUGGUUCCUG